CAGCAAAGUGAAGGACCCCAUGGGCUACGUGAACUUGCUCUCCAAGCUGAAGCUCAAGGACAUUGGCCUCGAGCUGCCUGCGAUUGCCGAGUUUUCGACCAACGAGACGAUGGGCCACAGCGCAGACCGGCUUGCAUCCGCGUUUGGCGUCACUAGGCAGGAACAGGACGAGUUUGCGCUGCGUUCGCACACGCUUGCGCGGGAUGCGUUUGAGGCGGGUCACCUGAAGGACCUGGAGCCCAUCUACUCGGCCCGCGCAAAGGGGUUUGUCACCCGCGACAACGGCGUGCGCGUUGGCACGAUGGACAAGCUGCAGAAGCUCAAGCCGUCGUUUGUCAAGCCGCACGGCACCAUCACCGCUGCCAACUCGUCGUACCUCACCGACGGUGCGUCUGCGUGUCUGCUGAUGACGGACGACAAGGCGAAAGAGCUUGGCUACAAGCCGCUCGCGUACCUCCGCAACUACGUCUUCGUCGCACAGGACCCCAAGGAGCAGCUGCUGCUGGGGCCGACGUACGCAACGCACAAGCUGCUCAAGCAGACGGGCCUGACCCUCAAGGACAUUGACGUGUUUGAGUUCCACGAGGCCUUUGCCGGCCAGAUUAUCGCAAACCUGAACGCCCUCAACUCGGACAAGUUUGCACAGGAGUACCUUGGAGAAAGCCAGAAGGUUGGCGAGAUUGACAUGAACAAGUUCAACAACUGGGGCGGGUCGUUGUCGCUGGGUCACCCCUUUGGCGCCACGGGCGUUCGCCUUGUCACCACCGCCGCACACCGCCUCCAUGCCGAGGACGGCAAGUAUGCGCUUGUUGCCGCGUGCGCUGCUGGCGGUCUCGGCCACGCGAUGAUCGUGGAGCGCGCAUAAACGCACACACAUGCACACAACACGCAACACACGACACGCAACACACGCACGUGCACACACAUGCGCACGCACCGCACACACAUGCGCACGAUGCACACACAUACACACUGUACUUGGAAACGCCUGUGAAUGGCGUUGUUGUCGUGCUUGUCGUGAUUACUGCUGCUGUGAUUGCUGGUGUGACUGAGCUUGUGGUUGUGGUUGUUUUGUCUUGUGUGUUGUUCCCCUGUCGCUUUCUUGGCGUUUCUGACAAGUCGAAGCCCCCCCCCCCCCUACUUGCUACUCCUUUGUUCGUCAUGGGUUGUGUGGUGUUGUAACGUGUGCUUCUCAGAUGUGUGUUACCACCCUCUCUGGUGUCUCGUGUCUGUCCUUGCCUUCUGCCCUUUGCCUUGUUUCCCUUACUGUCUUGGUCGGUUGCGUCUUCGAGGUGCCUCCCGCACAGUCCUUCCUUCCUUCUUCUUCCUUGUGCCUCCCCCCGCCCCUCUCAUGUCUCCCUGAUCCCCAUCCCUCAGUCCUUCCUUCCUUCUUCUUCCGUUACUAGCCUGUCAUUCCCCCCAUACACCACCACCGCAGCCACCAA